GUAGUGAUGACGUAUGGGGCCGGCGCCACUUUCGGCUGUCUGAGCGCUCUGGUUGUUUUAACCUACAGCCGGUGGGAUUUCCAGUUCUGCUUCCCGGGUGUCAUGUCUUCCGCCGGCGUGAGCGCGGGCCGACAGGCUGAGGAUGCGUUGCCGCAGUCAGCGGAGCCUCCGCUGCCCGACAUGAAGCCGUUGCCACCAGCACAGCCGCCGCCUCCCGUGGCUGCUCCUCAGCCGGCGCCCAGACCUCAGUCUCCUGCGGGCGUGAAGGAGGAGGAGAACUACUCCUUUUUGCCUUUGGUUCACAACAUUAUCAAAUGCAUGGACAAGGACAGCCCAGACAUCCACCAGGACCUGAAUGCCCUGAAGACCAAGUUCCAGGAGAUGCGCAAGGUCAUCGGCACCAUGCCAGGCAUCCACCUGAGCCCUGAGCAGCAGCAGCAGCAGCUGCACAGUCUCCGGGAGCAGGUCCGGACCAAGAACGAGCUUCUGCAGAAAUACAAGAGCCUCUGCAUGUUUGAGAUCCCCAAGGAGUGAGGCCUGCUUCCUGGGGUGCCCUGGAGGACAGCCAGGAAUCUACCUGCCCUACCACCACCACACUUUUGGGCUGCAGCUCUAGUGGAGCUGAGUGAUGGAGACUGUUGUAUAGCCUCCUCAGCUGAACUUGGCAUUGGUGGUGAAAGGAGCCAGCACUGCAACUUGGCAUAUAUAUAUAUCCAUAUGCCUGGAUGUAUAAUUACUUGAGUGCCUGUUGGGAGAUUGUUCCAGGAGGUUGCAGAGGGGGUGGAGCUCUGCCCCUGCCUCUGGGGAGGGGGCAAUCUGUUGACUGAACAGUGGGGAGGGAGGUGGCUCAACUCUUUUGUGCCCCCCUCCAUUCAAUUUGUGUGUACCAGGUACACAUUGUUCUUGUGCCCAUUGGUGGGGUGAAACAUUUGCAUAGAAUUUGAUGGAUGAAUUAAGCUUCCAUGUACAGCUGGGAUCAAAAUGGUAAAAGAUGGCCUUGAGAGAAUGAA